AUGGUUCUACAGAAGGCUUUAUGUUUCCGAAUGAAAGAUGCUGCUUUGAAGGUCAUUUAUGUACAGAAUAACCAACUGUUGGCCCGAAGAGUACAAGCAGGAAAACCUAUUGAUGGUGAAGAGAUCAGCGUGGUCCCCAAUAGGUCGCUAGAUGCCAAACGAUCCCCGGUUAUCCUUGGCCUUGAGGGAGGAACCCAGUGCCUAUCCGUUGGGAUAGCUCAGGAGCCUGUUCUUCAGAUAGAGCAUAAGAACAUCAUGGACCUUUAUCGAAGCAAGGAGGAAUCCAAGAGUUUCACCUUCUAUAUGUGGGACACUGGACUCACCUCUAGAUUAGAAUCAGCUGCUUACCCAGGCUGGUUCCUCUGCACCAUUCAUGAAGAUGAGAAGCCCAUCACCCUCACCAACCAUCCUGAGGACUCUGAAUCUGUCAUUACUGACUUCUAUUUUCAUCAGUGUGCCUAA